CUCUCUCUCUCUCUCUCUAAAGUGUGAUUAUCUUAAAAAUGUGACUGGCCCCCCUCUCUGAAAAACAUUGGGAUCUUCCUCUCUCUCUGUCUCUCUUAUUGUUUAGGGGAGCUUUAGGCCCAUGUGUUGUUUUCUGCGCACUUCUGUCCUCCAUUACUCAGGGGACUGUGUUGCCCCCAAAUCUUUUAUCAGACAAAGCUCGUCUCAGACAUUAAUGGCGGCUUCUCGUCCAAUUACACUCUUCUGAGAGUUUUACAGGAGACUUCUUACACUGAUGUUUGUAUCUUCAAACUGAAUAAAUGCAUGGGGAUGAAUAGGUGGUUGAUUUUCUAUUUUUGGUGUCAGGACUUUCCCUUGGUGGCAUAUUUGUCUUUGGAAACUCCUUCUAUUUACUUGUACUAGGCAUUGCUUUGUAGUAUAUGACAUGACUUAAGUUGUAACUUGAGGAUGCCAUCCACAGAGUGCAUGGCUGAGUUUCCUAUGGAUGGGUGCGGGAUGGAUGUUGGUCUUCUGCACAUUGAACAACAUAUUCAAAUGUAAUUGUAUCUCUCGCAUUGCUGGCAAGGGCGUUUGAAUACUUUAUCAAAGGGAAUAUUGUAGCUUGACUUUUUGGGUAGAGAAUCAAGGCUUAGUAGUCAGAUCUCAUGCUAGCAGCUUCUUUUGGUGGGGAUUUUGUGUGGGCUGAGAAAAUUAACGAGGCAGAGUGCUUUUGGAGUGUUUGUUUUGUCAUGGCUUUCAUAUCAUUUCAGCAUUAUAUGCUCUUCUAAUAAACAGCUGCUUAUUGUCUUGGUGUGGUUUUGCCCGAAGAUGGUCAACAAUGAGACUCCUAAAUGUCCUGAUGGAUGACAAUUUGGGGGAUGCAUUUAUGCAUCCCUAUGACAUCAAUUAUCAUGGCAGUCAGGAUUGAGGUAUCUUUGUCUUGCAGUUCAUUUGAGUAAAUUUCCCCAACUACAACUUGGUAGAGAUCACCUUUUCUAGCCACCCCUGGGGCAUAUAAUACUAUUAAACAGGAUUUUAAUCUUGUAUCUCAAUUAGGUUCUUUUGUGUGAUCAUACUCAUUGUGCUUUCCAAUGCUCCUUUUGAGGAUUUUUGGCUGCAAUAGAGUAUAUGGGCGUGGGAGAUAUCUGCCGACAUCGCCUGUAUUAAUUAUUAACAAUUUCUGAUGUAAUUCAAGAGUUGCAUGCACUCAUGGAAACUGAUAUCUCAAGUGAGCUACAGAUACCCAGUAUGGCAUCACGGAUCUGUCCGUUCUUUGCACCUGCUCUGCUGAUCUCUAUGGGGUAUAUUGACCCGGGCAAGUGGGCUGCAGCCAUUGAAGGCGGUGCUCGUUUUGGAUUUGAUCUUGUGCUACUGCUUUUCAUUUUUAACUUGAUUGCUAUAUUAUGUCAGUCUCUUGCAGCACGUAUUGGCAUGGUCACUGGAAGGAAUCUUGCACAGAUCUGUGAGGAGGAGUACACCAGGCCCAUGCGAAUGUUUUUGGGAAUUCAAGCAGAGCUGUCAUUGAUUUUGCAGGAUUUGACUAUGAUUCUGGGAAUCGCACUUGGGCUUAAUCUUCUGCUUGGCCUCGACCUGUUUAAAUGUCUCCUCUUCACAACGAUUAAUGAUGUUUCGUUUCCCAUUAUCAUUGCACUACUGGGGAAUCAAAGGGCAAAAAUGCUCUGUGUAUACAUGGCAGGCUUCAUACUAUUUUUUUUUGUAUAUGGAGUACUCACCAGCCAGGCAGAUGGUCCUUUUAGUUCAAAUGGAAUGGUUCCUAAGGUGAAAGCAGAAAGUUUAUACACACUCAUGAGUCUUCUUGGUGCUAGUAUCUUGCCUCACAAUUUUUAUAUGCACUCAACCAUUGUACAGGAAGAGCAGCAGUGCCGAAGAUCGCCAAAUAUUUCACUGGGGACGGUUUGCCAUUACCAUUUUGUGGCAAUCACAAUAAUUUUUAGUGGUAUUUUAUUGGCAAAUUAUGUGCUUAUGAGCUCUGCAGCAACUGUCUUCCAUGGUGCUGGCCUUUCAGUGCUCACUGUUCAGGAUGCUUUGUUGCUAAUGGAUCAGAUAUUCAGGAGUUCUACAGCACGUUUCACAUUUUUCUUGGUCAUAUUUUGUGCAAGUUGGAUUACAAAGUUAACAUGUGACAUUGGUGGAAGAUCAGUGUUCCAUGGUUUUUUAGGUCGUGGUCUUUGUAAACGUGUGAUAAUAAAAGCCUUCACUAUCAUCCCAGCUUUAUCUUGUGUUUGGUUUUACGGGGCUGAAGGGGUGUAUCAGUUUCUUAUUUUUUCUCAAGUCAUACUGGGUUUGCAGCUUCCAUCUGCUGUGAUACCCCUCUUUAGGAUAGCAUCUUCAAGCUCCAUAAUGGGUACCUACAAAAUCCCUUUGUUUAUUGAAAUCUUCUCGUGGACCUCCUUUUUCGGGAUGUUGGUUCUAAACAUUUUCUUCGUUCUUGAGAUGGUGUUUGGUGAUAGUGACUGGAUUGGUAAUUUGAGGUGGAACAUGGGGAGCAACGUUGCUCUACCCUAUCUAAUAUUACUUGUUAUUGGUUUCACCUCAAUCAGUUUGAUGCUUUGGUUGGCUGCUACUCCAUUAAAGUCAGCAAAUGACAGGCCUGAUGCUCAAACAUGGAAUUUGGAGUUGCAAACUUUUCAUGGAUCAUCAGAGAAUCUGGACCAAAUAAUGUCAGAUAAGCUCAGGAAUGAUCGGGAUGAGAAACCCAUGGAUGAUAUGCCUCCCUCCGAAGUUGUCUCAGACAGUAUUGCGAAAAGCUCAGUUGUGGAUGAAAAAGCCUUCUCGGCUCAAAGCAUUGUAGAGGUGGAUCGAUCUAGGCCAUUGGAUGUUAAUCAAAGUCAGCCUGAGUCCUUGAAACUUGCAUCCAAGGUAUCACUCCAGUCAGAUACGGCUUCAGUUUCAGUGCCAACAAUAGAGAAGAUUGAUGUUGAUGCUGGGUUAGAAGUUAAGGAAAAACCUAUGAGUGUUGAAUCCCAAGGUCCUAUUCCAGUAACUGGAGAAGUUGAAGCAGAUCUAGAAAUAGAGAAAGAUGACGAUGAUACAGAUGUUUGGGAGCAUGAGGAUGCAUCUGGAGGGGCUUCUGCAACUACUCCCACAUCAAUGCAUGAGGGACCAGGGUCAUUUAGGAGUUUUAGUGGCAAAAGUGAAGAUGGGGGAAGUGGAAGUGGAAGCCUUUCAAGACUAUCCGGCUUGGGUCGAGCGGCUAGACGACAAUUUGCUGCUGUUCUUGAUGACUUUUGGGGGAAGCUUUAUGAUUUUCACGGACAGGCAAUACCAGAAGCAAAGCUCAAGAAGAUUGAUCAGAUGUUGGCUGGGAAACCCUUUAUUAAUUCGGGAAAGAUGGGAAAUGAAGCUAUUGGGCCAGAGCAUUCCAUGUAUAGCCCCCAAGAAAUAGACCGGGGUUUUGAUUUCUUGCCCAUGUCUAUGGAUUCUUCUCCAAGACAACAGUUGAACCAGAGCAAUUUAGAGCAUUCAUCUUAUGCGGCUUUGAUUGGGUCUCCAACUUGGUCGUCUCAAAUUCCUCCGCUUGAUGCAUAUGGAAUGAGAUCCAGCUUCAGCACACUUGAUAAUGAGCGGCGCUACUCUAGUUUGCGCCUGCCUUCAUAUCAGGAGAACCGGGACUAUCAGCCAGCCACCAUACAUGGCUGUCAGGCUGCUUCUUUUCUUAACAGAACUAGCAUGAACAAGAACAUGGAUCCAUUAGCUCCCCUUGAUACAAUGGCCCGAGAUCCUUCUUCUUUGCUCUCUAGUUAUACUGAUUCUCUUGCUUAUGCCAUGGGGAAAAAUGAUUUAGGCUCAACUCAUGAUUCAGGCAUGAUAAGCAUGGCAAUGUCAACCCAUUUACCAUCUGAUUCUCGACCGUACUAUAAUCCUCCUUCCUCCAUUGUGAGCAAUGACAAUUCUGGGUCCAAUAGCUAUGCAAAGAAGUACCACAGUUUGCCAGAUAUAUCAGGGCUCGGAGUUUCGUGUUGGAGUCAAUUAGCUACUGAUACUAACAACAACCCAUGGAGCAACAGCAUUAGCCCAUCUUUAUCUAUCGGUGGGAGAACUACAUCUUCCAUACAACCACCGUAUUCACACAUCAGAUCAAGGGCUGAGCGAGGUCCUUUGGCUUUUGAUGAGCUUUCGCCCUCUAAGCUCCACAGAGAAGCAUUCUCAUUGCACUCAGACCAAGAUACCAGUAACUCCCUUUGGUCCAGGCAGCCCUUUGACCAACUUUAUGGCAGGCCUAGUGCUCCUCGGGCAUUAGAGAGCCAACAAAGAGGUACUCAACAUGACGUUGCAUUGUACCAAGCUACUUGUGAGGCUGAGGUGCUUCAGUCCUUGAGAUAUUGCAUAAUGAAACUCCUUAGAUUAGAGAGCUCAGAGUGGUUGUUCUCCCAAAGUGGUGGCUUGGAUGAAGAACUUAUAGACAGGGUAGCUGCAAGAGAGAGAUUUAUUUAUGAGGCUGAGGCUCGAGAAUCAAGCCGGGCAUAUGCUGGUGAUUCAAGAUAUUUGUCGGCUGAUCGAAGGUUUGGGUCGAGGAUUGAUGAUUCAGGACUGGCCCAGAUGCUGGUUUCCUCAGUCCCAAACUGUGGAGAGGGGUGCAUUUGGACUGUGAGCCUGGUUGUGAGCUUUGGGGUGUGGUGCAUACAUCGUGUUUUGGAGCUUUCACUCAUGGAGAGUCGGCCAGAAUUAUGGGGAAAGUACACUUAUGUCCUCAACCGCCUCCAAGGGAUUCUCGAUCCAGCUUUUUCCAAGCCCCGGCAAGUCCUUGCCCCUUGCUUUUGCCUUCAAAUCCCAUCGAUCGCCCUUCGUAGACCAGGCCAUGCAAUAACUCCCAAUGGGCAAGGUUCAAAGGGAAAAUGCACAAGUGCUUCCAUGCUGUUGGACCUUAUAAAGGAUGUCGAGGCAGCGGUGGCCUCAAGAAAGGGGCGGACAGGCACCGCUGCAGGAGAUGUGGCUUUUCCCAAGGGCAAAGAGAACUUGGCUUCAGUGCUCAAGCGAUACAAGAGAAGGUUGUCGCAUAAGACUCCAGGUACUCAUCAUGAGGCUUUGAGGAAAGGGCUGCCACCCUCAUUAGUUCCAUAGGGUUCUUUUGUUGGUUGGGUGGGUUUUACCGUGUAAAAUCUCUUGGUUUAUGUGAACAUUUAUUUAAAGCUGUUGGUCUCUCAAAGUUUUCUCCUCUUUUCGCUUUCAGGGGUUUGAAGCCCCUUA